GUAGCCUGAAUAGGAAAAAGAAGUUCAGGAUUUGGGUAGUGGCACCACUUAGACGCCUAGACUUCACAAUUUAUGGGCUUAAUGGACCUCGUUUUCGGAGCACGGGGGGCAUUCGGCGUCCUCCAUUUCCCCAGAAGCUUCAAAUACAUGCGAGUCGCGACUUUUAGCUUGGAGCCGUGGAAUUCCAAGGGUUCUCCAGACUCUCCACUCCCCAGACUAUUUUUCUUCAAUUUAAUUUCCUUUUUCUUAAUUUGCGUCUUUUUCUCUUCUAUUCAUGUUACUGCUGCUUCUCAAUCGCUCCCGAUCGAUCGUGCUCGUGCUGUUGCUUAUGCGGUUGUAUGAGUAGAAUCGCCUCCGUGCCUCUCGUCUAUUCCGUCAUUUGCCCCUCCAACUCCAACUUAUAGGUCUUACAUAUACCUAUAUUACAGCUGUUAACGAGAGCUUCUGAGCUCGGCUCGUGACAAUAUGGCGUCGCCCGUAGCUUCCGCAGCUCUCAAAGCUCGUGUUUUCAGACCGUCUAUGCUGAAGAAGCUUUGCCGACCUGAGGAUUUGUUGCAUCACUUUCCCAAUGGCGCUUACAUUGGCUGGUCGGGGUUUACAGGCGUGGGCUAUCCCAAAAAAAUGCCUACAUUCUUAGCCGACCAUGUAGAAAAGAAUAAUCUCCAAGGCCAAUUGCGCUACACACUGUUUGUCGGUGCCUCGUCGGGGGCUGAGACGGAGAACCGAUGGGCCUCUUUAGACAUGAUCGAGAGGCGUAGUCCUCAUCAAGUUGGCAAGGCAAUUGCUAAGGGUAUUAAUGAGGGGAGAAUCAAAUUCUUUGACAAGCAUUUGUCUAUGUUUCCCGUCGAUUUAGUAUAUGGAUUUUACACGAAAGACCGACCGAGCAAUAAGUUAGAUGUGGUAGUUGUUGAGGCAACAGAAAUAAAAGAGGAUGGAAGUAUUGUUCCCGGUGCUUCAGUUGGUGCGACACCGGAACUUAUCCAACUCGCCGACAAGAUCAUUAUCGAGGUUAACACAGCUAUCCCGAGCUUCGAUGGGCUUCACGAUAUCACAAUGACCGACCUACCCCCUAGACGAAAACCUUACCUGAUUAUGGGCGUCGAAGACCGUAUCGGAUCCACCUCCAUCCCCAUCGAUCCUGAAAAGGUUGUUGGUGUGAUCGAGUCCGACUAUCCCGACCAAACAACCGACAACACACCCGCAGACGAGUCCUCCGCCUCGAUCGCAAACCACCUAAUCGAGUUCUUCGAGCACGAGGUCGCGCACGGCCGCAUGCCCAAAUCCCUUCUCCCCCUCCAAUCCGGUAUCGGCAACAUCGCCAAUGCAGUUAUCGGCGGGCUCAGCGAGUCCAACUUCUGGAACCUAAAAGUCUGGACCGAAGUAAUCCAAGACACCUUCCUCGACCUCUUCGACUCAGGCCGUCUCGACUUCGCCACCGCAACAUCCGUACGCUUCUCCCCCGACGGCUUCAAGCGCUUCUACGACAACUGGGAAUCCUACCACAACAAGCUGCUCCUGCGCUCUCAACAAGUCUCCAACUCGCCCGAGAUAAUCCGCCGUCUCGGCGUCAUCGGCAUGAACACGCCCGUCGAAGUCGACAUCUACGCGCACGCGAACAGCACCAACGUAAUGGGCAGCCGCAUGCUCAACGGGCUCGGGGGGUCCGCGGACUUCCUACGCUCGAGCAAAUACAGCAUCAUGCACACGCCAUCGACGCGGCCGUCGAAGACCGACCCGAUAGGCGUGAGCUGCAUCGUGCCGAUGUGCACGCACGUCGACCAGACGGAACACGACCUCGACGUCGUGGUCACCGAGACCGGGCUAGCGGACGUGCGGGGCCUGAGCCCGCGCGAGCGCGCGCGCGUCAUCAUCGAGAAGUGCGCGCAUGACGACUAUAAACCGAUCUUGCUGGAUUACUUCGAGAAGGCGGAGUUCGAGUGUCUGAAGAAGGGGUGGGGACACGAGCCCCAUUUGCUGUUUAAUUCGUUUGAUAUGCAUAAGGCGCUUUUGGAGGAGGGGAGCAUGCGGAAGAUUAAGAAGUGGUAGGGGGGAGAUGAGGUACGGAAGUUAGGGGGUGGGUGAGAUCUAUUGGGUUAUAUAGGUAGGAUGGGGAUUGGGCUGGAUAUAGUGUAUAUACGCCUGUCUUCUGGAGAUCGGGGAUGACUUUCUAGAGUCUCAGAAAAAGGCGCAAAAGCUCGUCGGCUUUAUCAACUUUUUUGACGGAGCUAUUGUAUUGUAUGUAGAUACUAUCACAAGUGUCAUCAACAGUGGCAAUGCGUUUCCGGGAUGUAAGACACCCCCAAC